AUGGCUAGAAGAAAGGAUUUAACAAGUGAAGAAAGGCAAGCUGUUGCACUCUUCCUUCUUCGCAACAGUGCAGAUGGCAAGCUGAACUACGGCACUCAAAAGGCUGCCAUGACGAAGUGGGGCUGCUGUAGGAGUUCGAUCGCUCGUCUAUGGAAGGCUGCAAAGGAAGAACUAGCACAAGGUCAGUUAAUAUGUGUUCAAAGUAAAAAACUCAACAAGGUUAGAAGGAAAAUAGUUCAUAUCGAUUUAGAUUUAAUUUCAAGUUUGGAAUUGCACAAAAGAGGAACAAUUCGAAGGCUAGCAACAGGUAUCAACUGCUCGAAGAGUACAGUGGGUAGAUGGAUAUCAAGAGGGCUGAUCAGAGCUCAUUCAAGUGCUAUCCGACCUGAUUUGACAGCCCCCAACAAGAUAUUACGGCUUAAGUUCUCUCUUGAACAGAUUGAGUAUGAUAGAAUAUGCAUGGCCCUAAAGUUUAAGCCUAUGCACAAUGUAGUGCAUAUUGAUGAGAAGUGGUUCUAUAUCACCAAGACAAACCACAGAUUUUACUUAACACCACAAGAAACUGAACCACAUCGCACAUGCAAGAGUAAGAAGUUCAUUAAUCACACAAAAUUAGUCACAAGAUAG